GCCACCUCCGAGCCUCCCACAAUGCAGAGAGCAUCGCGGCUGAAGAGGGAGCUCUCGCUCCUGAGCACGGAGCCGCCUCCGGGCAUCACCUGCUGGCAAGAGGCAAACCGGGUGGAUGAGCUCCGAGCACAAAUCGUAGGAGGUGCAGGCACCCCGUAUGAGAAAGGGAUCUUCGACCUGGAAAUACUGGUUCCUGAGAGGUACCCCUUUGAGCCCCCCAAGAUUCGCUUUCUGACCCCAAUUUAUCAUCCUAACAUUGACUCUGCUGGGAGGAUUUGCCUGGAUGUUCUUAAAUUACCACCAAAGGGUGCGUGGACACCUUCCUUGAACAUCUCCACUCUGCUGACCUCCAUACAGCUGCUGAUGGCAGAGCCCAACCCCGAUGACCCUCUCAUGGCAUCCAUAUCCUCAGAGUACAAGUACAAAAAGGAGCUUUUCCUGCUGAAUGCCAAGGAGUGGACUGAGAAGCAUGCGAGCCAGCAGAAGAGGGCUCUGGGAGAGAAGCUGGACCCCAGUGCCACGAGUGCCCCCGAGGGAGCUGAUGCCCACAAGAGGAAAGGGAGCAGCGUGAGCCAGAAGGAGAAGAGCCCUCGCCUGGAAUCCUGAGUGGGGUUUGUUCUUGUGGCUCUGCCCUUUUCCCUUUGCGCAGCUGGGCCUCAGUGGUGGAGCUGAAUGGUGCCUGCAGCAGGU